AUGGCUUCAAAGCGUUCUAGGACACAAAGGGGUGAAAGUUCAAGGGCACAACAACCCACGGUCAACCCGGAGCUUCAAGUACCGGGAUGGGAGGAGGUUGUUAUCACCUCGGAGGAGCAACGGGCUAGGAUGCUAAACCUCAUUGAUCGACAGGUAAUCUCAACCCGCUUUGUUCAUCAUCCCACAGUAGCUAGAUUAGGUCUAGAUAAAUAUGUGGGAAAAUUGUUUAAAGUUGAUGAGGGUUUACACGGUUUGAGAGUGCUUAGGGUCGAAAAUGGCUUGUGGGAGUUGAAGAGCGUGGAAGUAAAGCAUAAUCACGAGAUUGAUCCGACAAAUUCUGAGCUUGUUAAGGAGUACCGCAUGAGGCAAAUGACCUCCAAAGUGAAGAAGACGUUGACGAAUUUGUACGAGCAAGGUGUACCAAUUUCUCAAAUACACGGUUUCAUGGCGACCGAACGAAAGGGUAACAUGGCUCUAACAGUAAAAGAUUUACAACAUGAGGUGUACAAGGCUAGGCGGUUGAAGAUGGUUGGAGGGGACUCGGUGGCAAUGAUGGAGUACUUUGACAAAAUGCAAACCGGGAACCAAAAUUUUUUCCAUGCUCAACGUUUGGAUGAAGAAGGGAGGCUUAAGGAUGUGUUGUGGGUGGAUGCAAGAAGUAGGGUAGCUUAUGAGGACUUUGGUGAUGCGGUUUUCUUCGAUGCAACAUACCUAACGAAUGAGUAUGAGCUCCUGUUUGCGAACUUUGUUGGUGUGAACCACCAUGGGCAAUCGUUGUUGUUGGGAUGUGCUCUUGUUUCACAUGAAGACUGCGAUACAUUUGCGUGGAUAUUUCGACAGUGGUUAGCUUGCAUGAACAACCGAGCUCCUAAAGCCAUAUUGACCGACCAAACGGCAGGUAUGCGGAGGCCCCUUGUUGAAGUCAUGCCAAACACGGUGCAUCGUUGGUGCAUAUGGCAUAUCAUGAGCAAGAUCCCUGAGAAACUUGGCAAGUGUGCAGGUUACCAAGAGUUCGUCAACCCCCUCAAAGAGCUGGUAUAUGAGAGCUUUGACCCCGGGGAGUUCCAAACCCGAUGGGUAGAGUUUAUUGCUGAGUAUAAGUUGGAGGACAAUGAAGGGCUACAGAGCCUACACAAAGAGAGUCAUAUGUGGGUGCCUGCGUACGUGAAGGAGUUUUUUUGGGCCGUUAUGAAGACCACACAAAGGGUGGAGAGCAUCAAUCGAUUUUUUGACGGCUAUGUGAACCGCAAAACAAAACUCCAUGAGUUUCCUCAAAAGUAUUGCAUGGCCUUGGAUCAACGCGUUUGA